UUCAAGGAGUGGAGGAGUGGCAUGGAAUGCCAAAUUAAUGCAGUACAGUGUUACUAAACGUAACUGUGAAGCAACAUUCAACUCCUGCUGUGUCCAUUUUAUGUGGAUACCUUUCUGCUGUUUCUUAAUGACUAUGUAGUUAUGUUUAGUGCUUUAGGGUCCAUUAAGCAAAGUGUUAGCAGCGUAUAGGUCUUGAGAGAAUUCCCAUGUGAUGCAGAUUGGAGACCCGUGGUAGGUGUGACCUGUAAGGCUUGGUGGGUGCAGGAUCACUACAGAGCAACAGAGCUUCUUCUGCGAGUCCAGUGCCUUUCUGAACAUGUGCAGAAUGCUGUGCAGUCCAUCCAGGUCCAAGAUGGCCUCACAAGCCAUAGAAUACAGAACCACGUUGGUUCGUGGAACCAAUGCUUCCUGCAAAUAAAAGCACUGAAAAUUGAUCUUGAAGGGACUUCGGAAAGUCUUGGACUUUUCUAUUCCGGCAUCAUGUGCUGCACUGUGGCUGCCCUUCUUUCUAACCAGCUGGAGGGCGUUUGUUCCCUGAAAUGUCCUGAAACAUUUUUUUAACAUCCUUCCAUCCAUAUUCCAGCUGCUUUUUUUUUUUUUGUACCGGCACUGGGGCCUGUAGAAUGAGGACCUGUGCACAGAGACUUGGACACGCCCGCCUGUCAGGGUCUACCCAGGGGUCUUCUGCACAAUCCACAGUGAAGCGCAGUGAAAGGAACGUACAUUCGUUUUUUGUCUUCCUUCAAUGAAAAUAGACUGUGUACAGAGUGAUCUGUUGCUCCCGGGGAGUGCCAGUGAUUCGGUACUAGUGGGGCGUGAUCCUGAUUUACGGGAGAGAUGCCCCUCAUUGUGCAGCAGGUUGGAGGUGCAGUGGCUGGUGGAGCCGUGUGAAUAAAAGGGGCCGUCAGAAUAUUUUUGCCCCUCGGGAAUUGGUGUUACAGUCGGCAGUGGCGGACACAAUUAAACUGCUAAUCCCGGUGGUUUAUUCUGUACAGCUGCUGUUUUCACACCCUGCCUUUACUUGUCACCCCAGGAUGUUCACCCUUGCCGUCGUCGCACAGUGAGAGUGGGCGGGCGAAGGUGUACUGCCCCAGAAACGGAACUGUGAUUCUUCUUGGGUUCGGAGUCUUAUUCUUCACAGUCAAAAUUGGCUGGGGAAAUUGAUGCGGAGGCGGUUUUUUGCAGUGUAUGGAUUAUGUAAGAGUACUUCAGGAAGACCUGGGAUUUCAGUCUUGUAACGGCGAAACAUGCUUCACGGGCGCGAACGUCCGGCCCAAGAGGGAUGGCGAGCCGGGCCAGGGCGGGGCGAGGAGGCGAGACUGGCACGACUACGAGGCGAUCCGCCGAGACGCGGCCAGGGCAGGGAACGGCGAGCAGGGCAAGGCCUUCCCGCUGACGGACGCCGACCGCGUCGAUCAGGCCUACAGAGAGAACGGGUUCAACAUCUACGUGAGCGACCGGAUCUCGCUGAACCGCUCGCUGACGGACAUCAGGCAUCCCAACUGCAAGCAGAAGCUAUACUUGGAGAAGCUGCCAAACACCAGCAUUAUCAUCCCCUUCCACAACGAGGGCUGGUCGUCCCUGCUGCGCACUGUGCACAGCGUGCUGAACCGCUCCCCCCCGCAGCUGGUGGCCGAGGUCAUACUGGUGGACGACUUCAGCGACAAAGAGCACCUGAAGGCCUCUCUGGAGGAGUACAUGGUGCGUUUGCCGAAGGUGAGAAUCCUGCGGACGAAGAAGAGGGAGGGCCUGAUCCGGACGCGGCUCCUGGGAGCGACAGCGGCCAAAGGAGAGGUCAUCACCUUCCUGGACUCGCACUGCGAGGCCAACGUGAACUGGCUGCCCCCUCUGCUCGACCGGAUCGCUCAGAACCGCAAGACCAUCGUGUGCCCCAUGAUCGACGUGAUCGACCACGACAACUUCGGCUACGAGACACAGGCGGGCGACGCCAUGCGGGGGGCCUUCGACUGGGAGAUGUACUACAAGCGCAUCCCCAUCCCCCCGGAGCUGCAGAGACCGGACCCCAGCGAGCCCUUUGAGUCUCCUGUCAUGGCUGGGGGGCUCUUCGCCGUGGAGAGAAAGUGGUUCUGGGAGCUUGGAGGCUACGACACCGGCCUGGAAAUCUGGGGAGGAGAACAGUAUGAAAUUUCCUUCAAGGUGUGGAUGUGUGGUGGCAGAAUGGAAGACAUACCAUGCUCCAGAGUGGGACAUAUCUACAGGAAGUACGUUCCAUACAAGGUGCCUGGUGGAGUCAGUCUGGCUAGGAACCUGAAGCGAGUGGCGGAGGUGUGGAUGGACGAGUACGCAGAGUACAUCUACCAGCGCAGGCCUGAGUACAGGCACCUCUCCGCUGGGGACAUGACCGUCCAGAAGGAGCUGAGGAACAGCCUGAACUGUAAAAGCUUCAAGUGGUUCAUGACUGAUGUGGCCUGGGAUCUGCCGAAACACUACCCCCCUGUGGAGCCACCGGCCGCCGCCUGGGGAGAGCUGCGGAACGUGGGCAGCGGCUUGUGUGCAGAGAGCAAGCACAGCGCCUCUGGCUCCCCCAUCAGGCUGGAGGUCUGCGCGGCGGGCCGAGGGGAGACGGGCUGGAGUCACGGCCAGGUCUUCACGUUCGGCUGGAGGGAAGACAUCCGCGUGGGCGAUCCCCUGCACACGAAGAAGGUGUGUUUUGAUGCUAUUUCACACAACAGCCCUGUCACGUUAUACGACUGCCAUGGCAUGAAAGGGAAUCAGCUAUGGAGAUACAGAAAGGACAAAAGUAUCUACCACCCCAUCAGUAACAGCUGCGUGGACGCCAGCCCAGCAGAGAAAAAGGUCUUCAUGAACAGCUGUGACUCCUCCAAAACACAGCAGUGGGUGUUUGAGAAAACAAACUCCACCGUCUUGGAACUGUUCAACAGAAACAACUGAAACACCAACUCCAAGGUCUGGAGUGUAUUUUCCUAUGGAGCCGGGUAUGUGGAUAUUCUGGGGGAAUUUAGAAGGAACAUUGGGGACAAGGGAUGUUUCUCGGGAUUGGUAAAAUUGUGAUGGGCAAGCCAGUCUGCAUGUGCGCGCUGUAGGAAUGCAGACAGCCUGGCCGUCAAAUUAUGCUGGGAUAAAGUCUGAAAUGGUCGGGGCAGUAGGGUUUUAUCUUAUUUUGGGACUGAUUUACCUACAAGGGUUUUUUUUUGCAGUAGCUUCCAGGUGGUGCAACUGAUAGUUAUGCAUCUCCUUUGUCCCUUGAAGCCUGUCUUGUGGACGCCGGCAGCUUUGCUCCAAGCACAGCGACCCUCGGCCACCCUUAGGCCUCACAACACAUGGCGCCAGCCUGAGACAUCCCUGCCACUCCAGCGGACCAGUCGGCGCGCAGAAAGGGCUGCUCUUAGCUCCCUGUCUGGGGAUCAAUAACAUUUCAGUCCUGCACUGCCACUGUGCAUUUGAAUGUUAAUUUAACAACUAAAUGCACUGCAUGUCUUGAAACACCCAGCACACAGAAGCAGAUAAAUUAGCCAUUAGUAAUAAGUUAGACAACAUUAAUAAGAUGGCAACUAGUUUGUGACAGAAGUCCAUGUAAUACAAUUAUGUCUAAAACUUUCUUGAACCCCAGCUCUUUGUUUUCAAAACCUUAGAAUCCAUUAAAGCAUCACAAAGUAUGUUGUCUAAAGGCUUUUAAUGCUUAAUGGUGGCAGUAGGAUCUAGAAAGCAGCUAUUAAGACACUAACAGCAGAUGUAAUCUAUGCACCUUUUUACAUCUGAAGAGGAAGUGUUUUGAAAUAUUAAACUGAGAUAAAGAAUCAAACUCUUUUUUUUUGUUGGGGGAAAAACUGGAUAGUGAUAUUUAUGAAAACUCUGUUUAGCAGUAAUACGAAUCAGAUCCGUCUGGGGGCUGACACGAUCAUGCCAGUCUGGUUUGCCCAGGUCGCAGCUGUAGGAGGGGCUCACACGGUCGAACCUGAGGUGGCAGACUUGAACGAAAUCUCAGUGCCUUGCUGGACAAGGGCCGACGCAUCCCAGCUCUGGGCCAAGGAGCCUUUUUUAAAGCAUUGUUGUGUGUGUGCGCCCAGCACGUUAGCUUGUAAAGCAUUUCUAAUGAAUGUUAACUUUCUGUGUUUUUCAACUGUAGUAUUUGUUCGCUUGGGAAAAGAGAGUGACACAGUUUCAGAUAACGGUAUGUUUUAGGUUUAAAAGGGAACUCCAAUUAGAACAACACAUUUAAACAUAUGCAACAGUUGGAUAAACGCAUACAAAAGCCCCAACAGCUGUUUGAGUGAUUCUGUCCGUGGAGAGUUAUUUCUCUCCAGGAAGCUCGACUGUGUUCAAAGCCCCAGCUCUCUUGCACUGACUGCACUUGCCCUCGUCUCUCUCUUGGGAACCCCCGACCAGAGCCGGGCCUCCGACGACCUCUUGUGGUUGACCCCUGUGUGCUUCAGUCCGAGAGGCUGUACGUCUCUGAACCAGAUUUUUAGGUUUACUUUUGAUGGCUGUCUCUUCUCACCACAAUACCACCUCUAAGCCUGCUCUCAGAGCCUCCUCCUGACAAAUUGUUCUUCGUCAGUCCUGGGGUGGGACACUUCUAAGGCCAACAGGCAGGUGGCACUCUUCCUUCCAGAUCCCAGAAGUCCCAGCCAGUCCACCUGCCUCCUGGCUGGCGCGGUCAUUUAUCUGUUUGCAAGAGUGUAGGACCUGUGCCCGGGGCCCUGUUUACAUUUGACACUGCUUAGCGGUGUUUUGCAAUGAGAUGUUUAGUUUAUUGUUAUUAGCAGUACAGUAGAAGUAGGAUAUUUCAAUGUCACUGUUUUUAUUUCAAACGGGCUGUUGGGCUGGAGUUCCCUAUUAGAACAGUAAGGUCGUGAGAGAGGGUGGUGUCACUGUCUAUUCUGUCAAUGUGCUGCUAUAUCCUAGAGGGGUUAGAAAUAAUACUGGAGGCUUUUUGGAGUGACAACUUAGCAACCUUUAAUUAAUUAUAAUGCUCUUUUUAAUUAUGUGCCCAUGUGUGUUUUUUUUCUGCUUCAAGCAGGGUUCAUUUUCACUAAUAAGCCAUUUCUUAAUUCUGCCCUGUGUCCUACAGUUGAGUUGCAGGCAGGCUGUGAUGCAGGUGGGGAAGAACGUUGCUCUGCUAUCAGCUCACAGUCUGCUGAACUCACCCCAGGAGCUCACUCGUGGUUGAAAUUACAGACCCAAUUUUCAGAACACAAAACAAUCCAAAACCCACUGGAUUCAAUCAUUGGGAACAUGUGGCCUUUUGAAUUCAUAAUUGUGAUGCGUGCAAAGCACAGUGGACUAAGUGAAAACCGUCAAAGAGAAUCGUGAUGGAAGUUAGAGAAUGAAAUUGCUGCAAUAUGGAUCCUUUAAACUAGCAGCUACCCAGUCACCUCAGAAACCGUCUGGAUCCAUGCUCAAAUAGUGUCUGUUCUCUCUCGAUUUAAACAUGGAGUUGGUUUCUCUGAAUUAUCCCACUCAAAAGAGAGAACCUUAGUUCUUCAGGUUUCAUUAUGAUUUCUGUAGUACUUUGAUAGUCCUAAAGACAAUAAGAUUUAUUUUAAUCAUUGCUUUAAUGAUGGGAUACCUUUUUCCUUUUGGUCGUUUAUUUCAGAUGUCAAGUAGCACAUUAUCACACAUUAGCACAAACCUUUCACUUGAAUAAUUGGAUGCUUUUAGCUUCUCUUAUCAUACUUUCAGAAAAUGUGCUCUCUUUAAAAAUAUCAGGCUUGGUCUGGACAGGUGCUGAAACGUGAAUUUCCAAUGCCGGACUUUUCAGCCUAAAAUAAAACAUAAAACACACAUAGGAAUGCGACAGUGGACUUUCUCCAGAUCUUCUUGUAUAAAUAUGAUUAUUGGAUCUGAGACUUCAAAAAUGUUUUACUAUUUAAAUCAGCUCUGUCUUCUGCAAUGCCCUUUUUGAGAAUGAUUUUAACACUUUUAAAGAAAAGGGUCUGUCAUACAGUGUUUGGCACUUUAAAUUAAUGCAAACGAACCUGCAAAACUGAAUGCUUCCAGCAUGUCAAUUUAGGGUAGAAAAAGUUUCUAGAUUUGGAAUAUACUUUAAUUUUAACUGGAUGUUUUAUAGGAGGAAUUUUGUAGAAUUCUGUCUUACUUGUGGGCAUUAUCUUAUGCUUUCAAUGCUGUAAUUUUGUGAACUCGGAAUUGUUAUAUUUAAAGACUUCAUGAAAUAUAUUUGGACUUAGAUGAGCUGAAUGGUUUCCUCUCGUUUGUAACCUUUCUAACAUCCUGGAGGUGAAUCGGAGAGCUUGUGUGGCUUCGCAGUGGAAGUUCUAGAACCCGUGUGCUUGUUUCAGCUGGGUGGUUCAGGGGAUCUCGAAACAAUUUGAUUUUAUUCUAAUAUGAGAUAUAUUUUGGGGGGGUGCUAAUUCAAUUAAUAUUUUUAUAAAGAGGAAAAAUACAUCUUUUAUACAGUUGAAAUUUGAUAAUUUCCUAUUUGAAAUACUGUUCAGCUAAAGUGAAAGAAAUGUUUGCAGUGUUGCUUUUAAUUCACAAUAUACCGUGUAUACUUGGUGUGGAAUUAUGUUUAGGGGAUUAAAGUGCACAUUUUGUAUCUCAUAAAUAUCCAAUAUUUUUUUCUACUGACUUUUAGACACAAUGACUGUAAAAAAUGUAUUUAGAUAUUUAACAAACUACAACUAAACUGGAAUUGUAUAAUAUUUUUGCUGAAAUGUACAAUAAAAUGUUUAUAUAUUUGAA